UAUGACACUAACACUACUUCAUUACUUUCCUAACAUUUUUCAUUUCGAACCUCAGUGAACAUCAUGAACGCGGGAAUAGUUUUUGCUCUUAUUUGUGGUUUAACUUUUUUGGCUUUACCAAACAUCAUUGCUUAUAUUGCUGUAAAUAAGUCGCAUUUCAGUUUUAAUUCAAAUAAUAAAGACGUACAGAAAAGAGAAACAACAAGAAACGUGAAGAUUGAAUCGAAAUUAAACGAAACUUCGAUGGUCGAUGAAUUUAACAAAAUCGGCAAUAAAAUGCUUAAAACGCCAUUAUCUGUACUUCAUGAAUUGCUGGCAAAGAAAGGGCAUUCAGCAAACUUUACAGAAAUAAGUUUGGGAAAUGACACGCGUCCAUUAACGUUCAAAUUCGUCGUUUCUUAUGAUGAUCUAUCGGCUGAAGGCGAAGGAAAAAAUAAGAAAUAUGCUAAACAAAAAGCUGCAAAAGCGCUCAUUGAUAAAUUAGUUGGAGCUACGGUUUCAGAUGAAUUUUAUUCCAAUUACGAUUCACCAUCCAAUGUGGACGGUAACAAUAAUUCAAUAAAUACUUCAACAAGCAGCUUAAAUUCAGAAGAUAGCAAUAAAAACCAAGGAAACUUUGUCGGAUUAUUAAAAGAGUUUGUUGACAAAAAGCAGAAAAUUGACAAAAAUUAUCCUUAUCCUGUUUAUGAAAUUCAAGAAGAUCAAAAAUCAUUCAUAGCUAAAUGCAAAUUUCUUAACAAAGAAACAGUCGGAAAUGCAGCUUCAAAAAAAUUAGCCAAACAACAAGCAGCUGAAAAAAUGUGGAGAUUAAUGGAAAGUUCUAACUUCAUAUAAAUAUCUACUUUAAUUACAUUAUGAAGUUUUCAUACCCAAGUUAAAAAUUUCAUUGCAAAAUGAAAUAAAUUUUAAGAAUUAAAAAACGAAUCAAAAUGUAAAUUUUUAAAACUAAAACUUUAAUAAAUCAAAUGUCUAGAAUGUCAUCAAGCCACUUUUGAAUUGAAUUUUGAUCCUUUUCAUCGGCUUUUGUUGAACUUGUCGCAUUUUCAUUUUCUGAUGAAUUCUUCGGAGGCUUUUUUGAUAAUUCGAGAUUUUCUAAUUUGAUUUCAA